GCACAUUCCUUUUCUUCUCGCUCGGUGGCUCGCGCCGGCUGAACCGCACAUGGUCCUGUAGCGGAGCGCGUUAAAAAUCAGCGGUAACACAUCAGAUCACCUCGAUGAGAGGCACGGAAGAAAUGGAGGCUGAAGUAGAGUUUGAAGAAGGCGAGGAGCCUUCAUUCAGCGACCCCGAGGACUUUGAGGAUGACAUCAGUGAUCAGGAGCUGCUGGGAGACAUCCUGAGAGAGCAACCUCAGGAGGCUGAUGGCAUCGACUCCGUCAUCGUUGUCGACAAUGUUCCUCAAGUAGGACCUGAUCGUCUGGAGAAACUAAAGAACGUCAUCCACAAGAUCUUCUCCAAGUUCGGCAAAAUCACCAACGAGUUCUACCCAGAAGCAGAUGGGAAGACUAAAGGGUACAUUUUUCUGGAGUACCCCGUCCCGAGUCACGCACAAGAAGCAGUCAAGAACGCUGACGGCUACAAGUUGGAUAAGCAGCACACCUUCCGCGUCAACCUGUUCACCGACUUCGACAAGUACAUGACGAUCAGUGACGAAUGGGAGGCACCUGAGAAGCAGCCCUUCAAAGAUUUUGGAAACCUGCGCCACUGGUUGGAGGACCCCGACUGCCGUGAUCAGUACAGCGUGAUCUACGAUUCUGGUGAGAAAACGGGCAUCUUUUCCAACGACGUCAAAGAACCCAUUGAGGUUGAGGAGAGAGCGCGCUGGACAGAAACGUACGUGCGCUGGUCUCCUAAAGGCACCUACCUGGCCACGUUCCAUCAGAGAGGCAUUGCGCUGUGGGGUGGUGAGAAGUUCAAACAGAUUCAGAGGUUCAGCCAUCAGGGAGUGCAGCUUAUCGACUUCUCCCCUUGCGAGAGGUAUGUGGUUACAUUUAGUCCUCUGAUGGACACGAAAGACGACCCACAGGCCAUCAUAAUCUGGGAUGUUCUGACUGGCCAGAAGAAGAGAGGUUUCCACUGCGAGAGUUCUGCCCACUGGCCAAUCUUCAAGUGGAGUCCGGAUGGGAAGUUCUUUGCUAGAAUGACUCAGGACACCCUCAGCAUCUACGAGACACCGUCGAUGGGUCUUUUGGAUAAGAAGAGCUUGAAGAUAAAUGGAAUUAAAGAUUUCUCCUGGUCCCCUGGUGAUAACAUCAUUGCGUUCUGGGUUCCUGAGGACAAAGAUAUCCCAGCGAGGGUGACCCUCAUGCAGCUUCCAUCCAGGAACGAGAUCCGAGUGCGCAACCUGUUUAACGUGGUGGACUGCAAACUUCACUGGCAGAAGAACGGCGAUUAUCUUUGCGUAAAGGUGGACAGGACUCCUAAGGGAACACAGGGAAUUGUCACAAAUUUUGAGAUCUUCAGGAUGAGGGAGAAGCAGGUUCCUGUGGAUGUUGUGGAGAUGAAAGAGGGCAUCAUUGCCUUUGCCUGGGAACCCAAUGGGAGCAGGUUCGCAGUGCUGCAUGGCGAAUCCCCCAGGAUCAACGCGUCCUUUUACCACGUGAAGAGCAAUGGCAAAAUCGACUUGAUCAAAAUGUUUGACAAACAGCAGGCCAACAGCAUCUUCUGGAGCCCUCAGGGCCAGUUCUUGGUCUUGGCUGGAUUGAGGAGCAUGAACGGCGCUCUGGCGUUUGUAGACACCUCCGACUGCACCAUGAUGAACAUUGCUGAGCAUUACAUGGCCUCUGAUGUGGAAUGGGACCCAACUGGCAGAUUUGUUGUCACCUCUGUUUCUUGGUGGAGCCACAAGGUAGACAAUGCGUACUGGCUGUGGACGUUUCAAGGGCGACUGCUGCAGAAAAACAACAAAGACCGCUUCUGCCAGUUGCUGUGGCGGCCUCGUCCUCCCUCUCUCCUCUCCCAGGAGCAGAUAAAGGCCAUCAAGAAAGACCUGAAGAAAUACUCCAAGAUUUUCGAGCAGAAAGAUCGUCUCAGCCAGUCCAAGGCUUCGAAGGAACUGGUGGACAAGAGACGCGCAAUGAUGGAGGAGUAUCGCAAGUACCGUGAAGCCGCCAUGAAAAUGUAUCAGGAGCAGAGACCUCUCCGCCUUGAGCUCAGAGGAGGUGUGGACACUGAUGAACUGGACAGUAAUGUCGAUGACUGGGAAGAGGAGACCAUUGAGUUUUUCAUCAAUGAAGAAAUCAUUCCAAUCGGAGAUCUGUAGUCCCUAUAACAGAACCGCUUUAAUUCUUGAGGUCCGGGCAUCUCUCUCCAACAAAUUCCUUGUUAACAUCCAGCCAAGUGCCUUUUAAUACUGGUUGCUGUGGAAGGAGAAUUUUGUACCACUGUUGGCGGCUGCUGCUGCAUUUUGUCCCCAUAUCCAGCUCUAGGAGCGUCCAUCGUUCUCCCUGAGCAGCACUUGGCGGCUUUACCCUCUGGUUCUUGCCUUUUGAGUUGAACGUUUACUUCGUCAGAAGGCCCUUACCAUGACUCAGCAUGCCAUGAAAGGUUUUUACAUCUCCAUGUGGAAGAAAGACAUUCUGUUUCCAGAGAUUUUCUGUAGUGUUAACACAUAUUCCAGCGUGCGCUACAGUGGGCUGUAUCCUCCUCCAUUCAGAUUACCUGAUAUUAAAUGCACAAGGUAAUAAAGUAUAAUAAAACUUAA